GUUUUUUUAGCACUUUCAUCUCCCAAAAUAGGUUUUUUCUUUCCGUGCUCGCUUCUCCAAAACUAAGGUUUUUCAUCUGCAACGAAGGAAUAGGAAAUGGGGCACUCAAACGUCUGGAACUCUCAUUUGAAGAACUACGGCCCUGGAUCAUGUAGCUGUCGUGUGUUUGGAAACCCACACGGGUUGAUCAGGAAGUAUGGGCUUAUAUGCUGCAGGCAGUGCUUCCGAAGCAAUGCUAAGGAGAUUGGCUUCAUCAAGUAUUGUUAAGAGGAGAAAUGCUUCAUAAGCGGCAUGCAAUGAAGGAAGAUGCAUCAAAAUUUUAUUUUUGUUUUUGUUUUGUUCUCCUGCUAAUUUUUAGAAUAGGUUUCCAUACAAGCUAGUAUUCUCUCAGUUUGGAAGGUCAUUCACUGGAUUUUCUAUGUUUGAAUUUACUUGGUGGUUAAUGAAUUCUCUUCCUCUUUGAACAAAAAAAGAAAAAAAAAGAAAAAAAGGAAA